CACGCACACACACACACACACGGACGGCCGCGGUGUGUGCGGACCGUCGCGGCGGUGUGAGGUGGCUGUCUCGGCUGGCCAUGCUGGGACAGGAUGGGGGAAGAAGCAAGAGUUUCUCCGCUGAAGAACUUCGUGGCCGGGGGGGUCGCCGGAGCCUGUCUGCUGCUGGCCGGACACCCGCUGGACACCAUCAAGGUGAGGCUGCAGACGCAGCCCAAAGCCUCCUGUGCUCAGUAUGUGCUCUACACAGGAACAUAUGACUGCUUCCGUAAGACAGUAUCCAAAGAGGGUAUCCUCGGCCUCUAUAAAGGUAUGGGGGCUCCUCUGGCGGGCGUGGCUCCUAUGAUGGCCAUCAGUUUCUUUGGGUUCGGUCUGGGAAAACAGCUCCAGCAGACAGACCCUGACAAACCUCUAACGCACACUCAGAUAUUCCUGUCAGGCUGUCUGGCAGGCGUCUUCACUACAGUGAUUGUGGCUCCAGGAGAGAGAAUCAAAUGUUUACUGCAGGUGCAGGCCAGCAGUGGAGAGGUGAGGUACUCAGGUCCACUCGACUGUGCAGUCAGGCUCUAUAAGGAGCAGGGGAUCCGCAGUGUGUACAAAGGGACUGUGCUGACUCUCAUCAGAGAUGUGCCUUCUAACGGCCUGUACUUCCUGACGUACGAGUACCUCAAAAACUUCCUGACUCCGGAGGGUCAAAGUGUUUCUCAGCUCAGCACUCCCAACAUCCUCCUGGCUGGUGGUGUAGCAGGAAUAUUAAACUGGACGAUCGCUCUUCCUCCAGACGUCCUCAAAUCCAAUUUCCAGACAGCUGCAGAUGGGAAGUACAGAGGUCUGGUGGACGUCCUGAGAACGCUGCUCAGAGAAGAAGGACCUACAGCCCUCUACAAGGGAUUCAAUGCUGUCUUUCUGCGAGCCUUCCCUGCCAACGCGGCCUGUUUUUUGGGGUUUGAGGUGGCAUUAAAAGGACUGAACGCGCUCGCACCCAGCUGGUGAAACACGUUUGUCACUGGAGAGUCUGUAACUGGUCACCAGUCUGGACAGGCCUCUCAUGGAAGCUACACCUGUUUCUUUGUGCCACAAACUGUGUUAAAAGUGUUUCGCACCUUUGGUCACAUGUCAGGAUGUAAUGUAUUUAUUGUAUUCUUAAAUUAUUUUUUAAAUGGUAAUCUUUUAUAAUCGAGGUUCUACACUCACUUUUUGUGAGUAUAACAUAAACGCACAUAUGAAUGUAUGACUCUGAGCUGUAGUGUGAAUAUGAAUAUAUUUUUUGGCAGGUCGGUCUGAGCCUGGUGUUUACACACUGUUUGUGGUGUUUGUAAAAUGUCAGAUGAAAACUUCGUACCAUCAGUUUUAAACAUGUUUUUAAUCUACAGGCUCUGCUGAAAGUCAGUUUUAAUUCCUGCUGGGUGGUAAGUUUGUUCGGCUUCUCCAGGCCGG